AAGUGUUCAGUUAUUUUCCGUGUGGAAGGAUCAUGACGUCAUGGUCAACCUUUUACUGUUCUUCAGACACUCCUGUACUCAUCCCACGAUCACUGCAGCCUCCACUUUUUUGUCUCUGCCUCUGUUUCUCUAUGCCAACAUAACGUUGUUACAGCUAUCAAUCAUUCAAAAAAAAGUAUUGAUUACAAUAUGUGGGAUAGAUUGACCUUGUGGUUGGAUCCAGUCAAACUGUACCCGUAUACAGUUGCUGAUCAGUCCAUCCCAUAAUGUGGAUGCUGUAAUUGUGUUUGGUAAUGAUAUGGCCUGUUCAUGAUAUGUCUCUAGCUCUCUCCAUCUCUACUCAGUAAUGGGCCUCUCCUCAGUGUCAUUGAUAUGAAAAUGAGUCCGAGGGAGCUAUGAUGUGUGCCAGGUGCUCAGGACACUCCAGCUGAGCUCAGCCCAGGAGGAGAAGCCCUCGCCUGGGGAACAUAGCCUCAUACUGGGGGAGGGGGAAUGGUGACCAAACACACUUGGACAAUCAUUCCACCUAAUUCAUAACACACAGGUAGGAGGGGGAGGAGGCAAAACGGAGAGGAAGGGGGUCAGUAAAAAGAGGGGUGAGAGAGGGGGGGGGGGGCAGUCCUCUUGUGUUGUGGUUGGGCCACUCAGACGCUCCUCCAGGGAAAGACCAGUCACACAGACAGAACACACGAACAAAAGGCGAGACAGUCAGACCGAGAAAAGGAUCCCGCAGAUCGACAGGACAGAAGGACAGAAACGGACAGAGAGGAAAAACAAGACAGAUAAUUACGCACUCAACCUGUUCAACAUGACACUGCGUGAGGAGUUGCGUAGUCGUGAGUUCUGGCGUGCCAUGCUGGCCGAGCUGCUGGGUUCCCUGGUGUUUGUGAGUGCUGUUCUGGGGGCCUCUGUGCCGGGCCCUGGAGAGACCUCCACGGGGCCCCUCUACCCAGCCCUGGCUGCAGGCAUGGUGGCUGUUGCCCUGGGACACUGUUUUGGAGAGAUCAGCGGAGCACAGGUGAACCCAGCAGUUACCCUGUCUCUGUUGGCCACGCGGAGGCUGGACCUGAUGAGGGCCCUGGUGUACGUGGGAGCCCAGUGUCUGGGGGCUUCCCUGGGGGCCGGGGCUCUCUACUUCGCCCUGCCCCUCAAAACCACUGCAGACUGCUUCGUUAGCAGGGUUCCUCUCGAGGUGAAUGCAGCCCAGGCUCUAGGGAUGGAGCUUCUGUCAACGUUCCAGCUGGUCUUCACUGUGUUCUCCGUGGAGGACCACCGUCGGAGGGAGAACACAGAACCAGGGAACCUGGCCAUCGGCUUCUCUCUCAGCGCAGGCGUGCUCAUCGGGGGUCGGUUCUCUGGAGGCAGUAUGAACCCGGCACGUUCCCUGGGUCCAGCCAUCAUCACUGGCUUCUGGGAAAACCACUGGGUGUACUGGAUUGGACCGGUGCUGGGUGCAGUGCUGGCCGGGGUGUCCCAUGAGUUCUUCUUUGCCCCCAGUGCAUCGAGGCAGAAGCUGGUUGCGUGUCUGACCUGUAAGGACAUAGAGAUGGUGGAGGCAACCAGCGUAUCCCGGUCCUCCCUGUCCACCGUCACCCAGACCGCCAUGAGGGCUAAGCAGGUCAACAAACAGGAGCAAAACUAGAAAGGGACACAUCAUGCUACACAACAAUAUAUAGUGGGGUCUGAAAUUAUUGACACCCUUGAUAAAGAUGAGCAAUAAUGACUGUAUAAAAUAAAUGAUUCAAAUAAUGAGCUAAAUUGACUUCAGAAAGUAUUCAUACCAGUGGCGGUUCUAGACCAUUUCAACUGGGGGGGGGCCAGUUGUACUGUUAGAGGGUCCAGUUACAUUAGACAUUAUUGUUGUCAUAUCGUUUUCUUCACUGCAUUGCAGGCAUUAGCAGGCAAAAGACCAUGUUCAUAAUCAUUAGUGUUCCGCGUUGCCACUGUCUAAUAACGGAUGUAAAAAAAAAGAAGGAUAGCAAAAAUUAGUUAUGUAAAAAUGAUUUCAUACUCCACAUUUAGGGGGGCCACAAGGGGGUCCAAAAUUGUUGUCACAGGGGCACUGGCCCCCCCUGCCCCCCCAGAACCACUAGUGUUUCAUACCCAUUGACUUAUUCCACAUUUUACAGCCUGAAUUAAAAAUGGAUUCAGUAGAUGUUUUUCUUACCUAUCUACAUACAAUACCCCAUAAUGACAAAGUGAAAACCUGUUUUUAGAAUUUUUUUGCUAAUUUAUUGAAAAUGAAAUACAUAAAUAUCUCAUUUACAUAAGUAAAUAGUAUAGCUAUUUAGUAUAGCCUUCCCUGUAGCUCAGUUGGUAGAGCAUGGUGUUUGCAACGCCAGGGGUUGUGGGUUCGAUUCCCACGGGGGGCCAGCACAGGAAAAUAAUUCUAUGAAAUGUAUGCAUUCACUACUGUAAGUCGCUCUGGAUAAGAGCGUCUGCUAAAUGACAAAAAUGUAAAUGUAAGUAUUCAGACCCUUUGCUAUGACACUCCAAAUUGAGCUCAGGUGCAUUCAAUUUACUUUGAUCAUCCUUGAGAUGUUUCUAUAUAAGGUCCCACAGUUGACAGUGCAUGUCAGAGGAAAAACCAAGCCAUGAGGUCAAAGGAACUGUCCGUAGAUCUCCGAGAUAGAAUUGAUGAUGAGACAUAUAUCUGGGGAAGGGUAUAAAACAAUUUCUAUAGUGUUGAAAGUUUCCAAGAGCACAGUGGUCUCCAUCAUUGGGAAAUUGGAAAAAAUAUGGAACUACCCAGACUCUGCCUAGAGCUGGCUGUCUGAGCAACCGGGCAAGAAGGACCUUGGUCAGGGAGGUGACCAAGAACCUAAUGACCACUCUGACAGAACUACAGAGUUCCUUGGCUGAGAUGGGAGAACCUGCCAGAUCGCUAAGUCUCUACAGCACUUCAUCAAGUUGGGCUUUACGGGAGAGUGGCCAGACAGAAGUCACUCCUGACAAAAAGGCACAUGACAGCACACAAAACGGUUAGCAAAAAGGCAAAAGAAUCUGUCAUCUGAAGAGACAAAAAUGUUACUCUUUGGCCUGAAUGCACAGCGCUGUGUCCGGAGAAAACCAGGCACAGCUCAUCACCCAUCUAACAUCAUCCCUACCGUGAAGCAUGGUGGUGACAGAAUCAUGCUAUGGGGAUGCCUUUUCAGCGGCAGGGACUGGGAGACUGGUAAGGAUAGAGGGAACAAUGAAUGAAGCCAAACAGGCAACUCCGUAAUGAGAACCUGCUUCAGAGUUCAAAAGACCUUAGACUGGGGCAACGCUGGAAUGGCUUCAGAACAAGAAUAUGAAAGUCCUUGAGUGGCCCAGCCAAAGCCUAGACUUGAAUCCUAUUGAAAAUCUGUGGAAAGAUUGCUGUUCACCGCCACUCCUCAUCCAAUUUAACAAAGCUUGAAAAAAGAAUGGGUGAAAAUCCCCAAAUUCAGAUGUGCAAAGCUGAUACAGACAUACCCAAGACGACUCAAAACUAAUCACCGCCAAAGGUGCUUUUACAAAGUAUUGACUCAGGGGUGUGAAUAGUUAUGUAAAUGAGAUAUUUCUGUAUUUCAUUUUCAAUACAUUUGCAAAAAUGUAUAAAAACAUGUAUUUUACUUUGUCAUUAUGGAGCAUUGUGUGCAGAUCGGUGAGAAAAAAAAUCUGUUUAAUGAACUGUCACAACAAAAUGUGGAAUAAGUCAAGGGGUAUGAAUACUUUCUGAAGUACGCAUGAAAAAAAAAAGGAAAAUUAUAUUAUUUUAUAUUAACACAAUUGCACAGAGAAAGAGAUUUAGUAUAGCAAGUAAUAUUUUUUUCCCUCAAAAAGGUAGGGGUAAAAGUGAUUGACUCCUCUAAAGACUCUUAGAAAUAAAGUAGUCAAAAGUUCAGUAUUUUGUCCCAUAUUCCUACCACGCAAUGAUUACAUCAAGCUUUUGACUUUACAAACUUGUUGGAUGUAUUUGCAGUUUGUUUUGGUUGUGUUUCAGAUUAUUUGUGCCCUAUAGAAAUUCAUGGUAAAUAAUGUUUUGUGUCGUUUUGGAGUCACUUUUAUUGUAAAUAAGAAUAUAUGUUUCUAAACACUUCUACAUUAAUGUGGAUGCUACCAUGAUCACGGAUAAUUCUUAAUGAAUCGUGAAUAAUGAUGAGUGAGAAAGUUACAUAGGGUCAAAGAUCAUACCCCAAAGACACGCUAACCUCUCACCUUUACCAAUAACAGGGACGUUAGCAUUCCUUGGGGGUAUGAUAUUUGACCCUAUAACUUUUUCACUCAUCAUUAUUCUACAAUUCACUCGAAAGACAAGGCACUCUGGGAAAUAUGCAAAUAACACUUUACACUAAGCAGUGUGUUAAUAUAACACUGAAAAGUGUGGACCUGUAUAGACACUGGACCAGUGUUUAAUUUAACACUGGAUAAUUUUCUGUGGACAUUAGCAUAAGAUAAAUGCAAUAUUAUAAACUGGGCGGUUCGAGCCCUGAAUGCUGAUUGGCUGACAGUUGUGGUAUAUCAGACCGUUUACCAUAGGUAUGACAAAACAUUUAUUUUUACGUUGGUAACCAGUUUAUAAUAGCAAUUAGGCACCUUGUGGGUUUGUGGUAUAUGGCCAAUAUACCACGGCUAAGGACUGUAUCUAGCCACUCCACGUUGCGUCGUGGGUAACAACAGCCCUUAGCCGUGGUAUAAUGGCCAUAUACCACACCCCCCCGGGCCUUAUUGCUUAAAUAUACAAUAUGAUCAUAUAAUGAUGAAGACAACAUAGUUAUAAUUUCUAAUUACAUAUGAAUGUGUAGCCUUCACACUUAGCCACAACAUGUAAAAUUGUACAUACGUUAUAUAUCUAUUACACAAUUUUAUCAAUAUUCAGUGUAUCAGUGAUGUUAUACUAAUUUACGCAGAAAUGUGAAAUAUAACCCAUCAACCACUCAAAGAAAUGUCCGUUUCGUAACACGGAAUCCUUUUAUUUUAGCAUUACUCACCCUGUCUGUGAAUGCUUUGAAAUGCUAAAGAGUUUAGCGGUCUGUACUCUGAUCGCUGACAUAGGCCACCAUCUCUGUCAUCUUCCUAAGGCUCUCUCACCUCAAAGCUCUGUUAUUCUGCUGUUCACUGUCAAAUCAGUCCUCAGACCAGAGCCCUCUAACGGCCCAGGUCUAAACAGGGUGUAGGAUCAGCUUUUCACAGACGCGCUCCCUACCCUCUUCUAAAAUAUUCUUGGGUUUGUAAUUAGCAAUUGUAGGAGGAAAACAUUUUGAGGGAUGAUAAACCCUGAAAAUGUUUUUGUUUUUGUUACCUGAAUUGUUAUGGAUGUCUCGUUGCAAAUGUUACUUUUUGAAAUGUUUUUUGUUAACUGUAUAAAGCUAUGGAUGUUUAAGAA